CAACCCGUCCCUUCCUGCCUGCUGUGCCCGUUGCUGUGUCCACCCACAUCAUAACCGUCAGCAGCCAUGGAUUUCCAUCUUGAGAAGGGCACCGCCCCGCCCAGGCGCGGCCGGGGGUCUGCUUUCGUUGCCAUCACUGGGCUCUCCGUCUUUGCCCUUGCGGUCUUCGCCGUCUUCCAGAUCGGCGGCCCCCACCUGGGACCCCUGACCAGCCAUGCUGACGAGGCCAAGGACCAGAGUGCUGGGGCUAAGGAGACGUUUGAGGACCACCCUCUGUUCGAGGCCAAGGCUCGGGCCGCCCCCGCCGGCGACAAGUACCUGAUCGGCGUCGGCAAGGCGGACAUCACGGGCCCUGUCGUUGAGCUCAACUUCGCAGGGUAUGCCGAUCUGUCACAGUCCGGCACCGGCCUGCGGCAGCGCAUCUACUCGCGGGCCUUCAUCGUCGGCGACGUCAACAAGCCUGAGGACCGAAUCGUCUAUGUGGUCCAGGACACGCAGUCUGGAGACACGGGCAUCCGAAAGGGUGUCCUCGAGGGCCUCGCGGCUCUGGGCCCCGAGUACGCGGUGUACACGCAGCAAAACAUCGCCCUGACGGGCACUCACUCUCACAGUGGCCCCGGCGCUUGGUUCAACUACCUUCUGCCCCAGGUGACCAGCCUUGGCUUCAGCCAGCAGAGCUACCAGGCUAUUGUUGACGGCACUAUCCUCUCGAUCAAGAGGGCGCACGAGUCCCUAACCACGGGGUACCUGGACUUUGGCACCGCCCACAUCCCAGAUGGCAACCUGCAGCGCAGCCUUUACGCCUACAUGGCGAACCCUGCCGAGGAGAGGGCCAAGUACAGCGACACCACCGACAAGACGUUGACCCUGCUACGGUUCCAGCGCGAGUCCGAUCUGAAGAAUAUGGGCGUCCUGACGUGGUAUCCCGUCCACGGAACCUCGAUGCUCCAGAACAACACGCACGUCUCUGGCGACAACAAGGGCGUCUCGGCCAUCAUGUUCGAGCAGGCCAUGCGGGGCGAUGCCGGCGCCGCCCCUGGAUUCGUCGCGGGCUUUUCGCAGGCCAACGUUGGGGACACGACGCCCAACGUCCUGGGCGCCUGGUGCGACGACGGCUCCAACAUGCAAUGCAGUUACGAGAACAGCACGUGCGCCAACGGCAGGUCGCAAGCGUGCCAUGGCCGUGGCCCCAUGUUCCGGAAGCUCGACCUGGGUGUUUCCAGCUGCUACGAGAUCGGCCGUCGUCAGUAUGUCGGUGCCAAAUCGGUUUAUGACGCCCUCCAAACUUCGUCCUCUCCCGUCGUUGGCUCGGGCGUCAAGUCGUUCCACUUCUUCCACGACAUGCGCUACUUCAAGUUUGCCCUGCCCAACGGCACCGAUGUGCAAACCUGCCCCGCUGCCCUCGGAUUCUCGUUUGCGGCGGGCACCUCGGACGGCCCCGGUGCUGCCGACUUCACGCAGGGUGAUUCCGGUGAGCCGAGCGCCAACCCGCUCUGGCGCGUCGUCUCGGGCCUCCUACGCGUCCCCAGCAAGGAGCAGAAUGCGUGCCAGUGGCCCAAGCCCAUCCUCCUGGACGUGGGUGAGAUGGAGGUGCCUUAUGCCUGGAGCCCCAACAUUGUCGACGUCCAAGUCAUGCGUGUCGGGCAGUUUGUCAUGAUCAUCGCCCCUGGCGAGGCCACCACCAUGGCGGGCCGCCGCUGGCGCGACGCCGUCAAGGCGGCCUCCAAGUCCCUCACGACGGCCGAGCCCAUGGUUGUCCUCGGCGGCCCCGCCAACACGUACGCCCACUACGUUGCGACGCCCGAGGAGUUUGGCAUCCAGCGCUACGAGGGCGCCAGCACCCUGUUCGGCCAGCACACGCUGGACGCCUACAUCAACCUGACGGUCAGCAACCUGCACUACCUGUCGUCCUCGUCGACCGGCAAGCCCGUCUCGGCCGCGUCGCCGCCCGACAACCGCAAGAACUCGCUGAGCUUCAUCUCGGGCGUGGUCCAGGACAACUCCCCGAUGGGCAAGCCGUUCGGCAGCUGCGUCACGCAGCCGUCGGGAGCGCAGAGGCGCGGCGACGUCGUGAGGGCCACCUUCCAGGGCGCCAACCCGCGCAACAACCUGCGCCUCGAGGGCACCUUCGUCGCGGUCGAGAGGCGCGACGAGGCGUCGGGCGAGUGGAGGCAGGUGCGCAACGACGACGACUGGUCGCUCGUCUACACGUGGCGCCGUACAAACUGGCUGCUGGGCCACUCCGAGGUCGACGUCGCCUGGGAGACCGAGUCGUCGGCCAAGCCGGGUACCUACCGCUUCAGGUAUAACGGCGACUCCAAGGCUUUCUUUGGUGGCGCCAUCUCGUCCUUCACCGGGACGAGCGCCGAGUUCAAGCUCGAGUAGGCCUGGGCAGCGAUUCUCUUUAAUGUUUUGUGCUUUUGUGUGUUAUAUUUCUUUGGUAGCUGCGGCACGGCUCGUGGCCCCUGCCUUAAAAAAAAAAACCCCCUUGCGGGGAAUACAUGAUGAUGUGUUACGAAUCCAAAUUUUAAUGUCCUUCC